AGUGGAAGGUGCGUGAACAUAGCUGCAGGUGGUAUAACUCCAGUUACAUUGCAGUUGUUGUCAAUUAAACUAGGAACUACAGGAGGAAAGAUAGUGAAGUGGGUUGUGAGAGAAAAACGGGCGGAAAAGAAAGGAGCUAGCAAUAGCAUGUUUUCGCUUAUCCGCCUUACUGGAUGUAGCAGACAAGGCGACGCUUGUUAAGCUGCGCGACGGAUGGUGCAGAAUAUGGUUGAAGUUCGUGGGGAGGAUGGGGCCCCUGCUUGGGUACUCGCCAAACGAAAGGCGUAUGAACUGGACAAUCAGUCAUCGGCUCCCAAUAGGUGCGAAUUCCUGACUUCGCUCCGCUGUCUUGAGGGUAGACCAUUAAGGCAAAGCCCCGGGGUGGAGUACGCGUAGACAAUUCCCUACUUCGGCCUGGGUAACCGGGUAGUAUCGUACCCACAGUAAAAACCAUGGAUUUCGCAAGUACUACGGCCUCGCUGACUUUUGCCGCCAGCUUCUCUAUUACUCAUGCCUCCCAAUCACACGCCAACUUUUCACUUGUUGAUAAUCCACAACCUUCUGAAUUUACUUCCUAAUGCACGUCUCGCAGAUAUCCAAAUUGUCCGGCCAUCAUCUAUCCUUCGACCCCGCUCUUCAUUCCGCCUAGCAGCAUUCAAUGUUCGGACUCUUCUACAGAUUGGACAACCAGCUAGCCUGGCGCGCACUCUAGAGUCCCUCGCCAUCGAUGUUUGUUGCCUUUCCGAGACUCGAUUGCGGGGUCCAAGCACCGUAGAUAAGUUAUUUGCCCCGACUACUCUUGAAACCACAUAUUACCUACGUCUGUCUGAUGACAUGGAGGCAGCAGCGGCCGGCUUAGCUAGUGUUGGUAUCGUACUGAGUAACAAAGCGGAGGCUGCAUUACUCGACUAGUUCCCGAUCGACAGGCGGC